GUCAAGGUUAUUUCAGUCCAGUGUGUGGUAGCAAUGAUUUGAUAAAUCUAGUAUGUUCACUCGCGAAUAUUAAUGAAACAAGGAUAUUUGGGGUAUAUUUUUUGUUUUCUUAAACCUAUAACAGAUGAUGUCUGACAAUGGCGAUUCUCUGAAUUCACCACCAGAUAUAAAACCACAUUUAAGUUGUGGACAUGACGACACUUCCGAAGAUAAUUCUAAUGCCGGAGAUUACCCAUCACCCGGAAGUGUCAAAUCAGAAACUUCCCCUGGUAAAGGACGGGGCAGAAGAGCAAAAGAUGACAAAAGCUGUCGGGUCUGUGGUGACAAAGCCUUGGGUUAUAAUUUCAAUGCUGUAACUUGUGAAAGCUGUAAAGCAUUCUUUAGAAGAAAUGCUUUAAAAGACCAGACCACCAAAUGUUUGUUUCAAGGGAACUGUUUUAUUGAUAUAAGAACAAGACGAUUCUGUCCACAUUGUCGAUUGAAGAAAUGUUUUGACAUUGGAAUGAGAAAAGAAAUGAUUCUUGAUGAUAACGAAAGAAAAAUGAGGAUGGCAAAAGUGAUGCAUAAUCGCCAAAAGAGGAAAGAAAGUGUUGAAUCGCUGACAACAUUAAUAAAAACCGAACCAAUGGACCAAGAACCUGAUCAAUCAUGUCAGUAUGCUACUAGUACCUCAGGUCAUUGUACCCCCUCACCAGACGGCAUGAUUGAUAUUACAAGUACAGUGGUCACACCUGCUAUAGAUAUAGAUGCACUGGAUAUUGAGAAAAAGUUAUGUCGCGUGUUGUCAAAAAGGGAAGCAGAACUGUGUGAGCACUUAACAAAUGGAUAUGCUGCAACAAUGGCAAAUUAUCACUGUGAAAAUUUAACCUCUGAGAGUUAUACAGAUUCAAACGAUCUGGUCAAUACAUCAGAACAAGCGGUUAGAAGGUUAAUACAGUUUGUUAAGUUAAUGGAGGAUUUUAAGGAGUUAAGUCAAGAAGAUCAGAUAACUGCACUGAAAUCCUGUGUUUUACAGUCGUUAAUGUUACGCUCUGUUUACUUCUUUGACGUGGAACAAGAAGGAUGGCGAACAUUGACGGGACUUAUUCCAGCCAAAGUUUUAAAAGAUAUCACAGGCUAUUCUGACCUGUAUGAAACUCACACAAACUUUAGCCGUGAGAUGAAGAAAACAUGUAAAGAAGACAUUACUGUGUUUGCAAUAAUCCAAUCCAUUAUUGUUUUUAAUCCUGAAAGUGUGGGAUUGAAGAAUUUACAAUUGGUCUCUGAUAUACAAAACAGAUACAUUGUAUUACUUAAGAGCUAUCUUGAGUAUAAGAUCUCUUUUGAGUAUGCUCAAAUCUAUUUUCCUGUGUUUCUGCGUAAAAUUCAAGAAUUAAAGAAGAUUGGCAAUGAUCAUGCUAAAAUAAUUCUUCAGGUUCAGACAUCUAAGAUAGAACCAUUGAUGAUGGAAAUUCUGAACCUAUCUUGAGCUGUUGUAGGCUGUAUGUAUUAAGGUUCAUAGAAUAUUAAUGACCUCACUGAUGCCUAAUUAUUGAUUUAAAAGUCCCAGAUGUCUUUGUAUAUAACAUGUAUAAGGUUGUCUAUAUAUUGAUAGUUGUCUCAUUGGCAAUCAUACCACAUCUCCUUAUUUUUAUAUUGGUGCAUGUAAAUAGAUUUUUUUAACAGAAUUCUGAAUGAAAUUUGAACUCUUGCAAUUAUCAAAUGAAUUAUGUAUUCAGAAAAACAAAGUUUUAAACUAAGAGCCUGUUUUAAGAACUGAAAUUUUAUCACACUUCAUGUCUUCAGUCUGCAGGUAUGCACCAGUGCAUUUUAUUCACAGUUAGUGUAUAGCUUUGUUGCACUUUAAUUAUUUCCUUUCUUUAAAAAUAUACAUCACAGCUCAGUUAUAAGGUAAAGACUAACUUUGAUUUGAAAAAUUCAUUUUUAAGUCCAUUUGACAUAUUUAAUUGAGUCUAUUUUUUUAAUCAUUCCUUUAAAUGAAGUUAUCGAUUGUAUAUUUAUGUACGUUGUUAUUGAAGUUAUAAUCAUUCCUUAGUUAUUAUUCAUAAGUAUACUCUGUAAAUACAGAAACUAAUGACAUGUUUUAAUGCCCCCCCAAAUACCACUAUGUAAUAUGUUGGUAAGCGGGCAAUAUGUUUUCCUGUCUGUGUGUCUGUCAAUCUGUCAAUUUCUUUGCUUGUCUGUCCAUCUGUCUGUCAAGUUCCAGGUUAAAUUUAUAGGUUUAAAAAGAUUUUCAAUAAAUUUGUGUGCACACCAACUUGAAAAGCAUUCAUGGCAUUCAUCAUGAUGUAAACUUUUUAAUAUGAUAUGCCAAGAUAAGGUUUUGACUAAGAUUUCACCGUUCAAAAGCUGGUUUGAAGUAUUUUACCAUAAAAUUAUGAUCACAUCAACAGUUUUAGAAGAUCCUUUACAUUGACCAGUUCUUACCAUGGAAACAACAUUUAUACAUCUUUUUCCCAUUUUGCUCAUAAUGUACUUUGACAAUCAAUAUGCUGGCAAUGUAGUGGAUAGGAGUUGAGAGCUUCAAAAAGAAUUAGACUUAAUACCAAAACAUGACAAAUGUUUUUGUUUUUUUUGGUUUUGUUUUUUUUAAAGAAUAUUUUUUAAUUGUUUAAGGUUUAACAAGACGUAGUUUUACUACCAUAUUGGUAAAACAAUUUCUACUCAAUAAGUGUGUACUUUAUAUGGAAUCUACUUGGGAAAACAUAAGGAAUAUUGGUAUAUCUAAUAAAGGCAAUGUUUUCAAAUGCAAGUCUUUAAUUCAUUGACUUAUAUCAGCUUAAAUCAUCAAUAACUUCUGGUGUACUGUAAAAUACCAAUCCUGUGUCCAAACCUUGCUUACUGUUGAAGGCCUUGUCAACAAAGCUUUCACUGCACAGGAAUUGUAUUUAAAUCAGAUUUGACUAAAAUAGUACAUGGAAAUUUUGAUUUUUGUUUUGAUUUAAUGUGAGUAACUGAUGUCAAGUAAAAAUAAUAAUAUAGCAUGCCCUUUAGCAAUGUUUAGGCCAUGUAGGCUAUGUUUUAUUGAACAUUCUAAGAAUUAGGAAAUUGUUUAGGUGGGUGUCAGGGAUAACACUUAAUUUAGGUUGGACCCUUAUCAGUUAAUCUAUGUAGGUGA